UACGACGAAGUUAGAUCCAAACAUCGUAACGAUCCAACAGUGAUGAAUAAGCUACGUGAGAAAUUGAAGUCGAAAGCUACAGUUAAACAUGCACCCAAAGAAAUAGACAACAAGAUUGAAGGGGUUACAACACGCCCUAAUCUCCCAAAGGGAAUGAAAUACGUCAUCAAGAAGAUCCCGUCCCACCCAUUGAGAUUCGGAACGGCAUAUAGGGCUAAUUUUCUUGAUGAUUUUGAAUCAUCAAUAGGUGGAGAUAUUGUUGUCAGAAGGCCAUGGAUGGUUAUGUUAGCGAUAACGACGAUCCAAAAAAAACUAGGAGAGACAUCUCUCCAAACCAAAGAGAACUGA